AUGUGGGUGUCGCGCGGGAAAAGAGGCCUGAUCAACGCGUUCAAGAGACAAGGUCCAAUGCACUAUCUUGGGGGGCUGGAUGAAGUGACGACAGGACGGAGAGAGGCGCGAGCGGAGGCCGGAGGAGGACGGACGAGCUCCCGUGGUGCUGCUGAGCCGCGUGGAGGUAAUCCCAGGAUGAGUGGAGGGCUGACCAAGCGCCGAAAACAACGAAAGAGGGAAUUUUGGGGCGGGCCGGCUUCUGUUUUGGGUAAUACACGUCACGUGAUGGUUGCUGGUGGUCGGAAGGAAUCAGAGUCCGGCCGAGCAGCGAUGCCGUCGCGCAAUCGUAGGGACCAGCAGGCCGGCGCCAUCCAUGGCCGGAAAAGCAAACAAAAUUAUAAGUAA